AUGGGCGGGAAGCGGCGGCUGCUGGUGCCUCCUCCGGUGGGGUCGGAAAGACGUCGCGGGGAGCGCAUGGGCAUUGGCCCCGCCGUCCUGCAGCAGCUGGAGACGCGGGCGUGCGCCUCAGAGAACCUGGAAAACGAGGAGGAUGAGAAGACGGAGGAGAGCCGGCCCAGCGCGGCCGAAGUGUGGGGCUUUGGUUUUCUCAGUGUGUCCAUGAUUAACGUGGCCUCCCUGCUCGGAGUCUUCAUCGUGCCCUGCACCCAGAAGGCCUUUUUCAGCCGGGUCCUCACGUUUUUCAUCGCGCUCUCCAUCGGCACGCUGCUCUCUAACGCGCUCUUCCAGCUCAUCCCAGAGGCCUUCGGAUUCAACCCUCAGGAAAAAGACUACGUUUCCAAGUCAGCUGUGGUGUUCGGGGGCUUCUACCUGUUCUUUUUCACUGAGAAGAUCCUGAAGAUGCUGCUGAAACAGAAGGACCAGCAUCACCACGGCCCCAGCCACUACAGCCCCGAGGCCCUGCCCUCCAAGAAGGACCAGGAGGAGGGCGUCACUGAGAAGCUGCAGAACGGGGACCUGGACCGCAUGAUCCCCGCGCGCAGCGCCGAGACCCCCGCGGGGGACCAGAAGGUCGUCGUGGGCUCCCUGUCCGUCCAGGAGCCGCAGGCCGCGCAGAGCGCGUGCUACUGGCUCAAGGAGGUGCGCUACUCCGACAUCGGCACGCUCGCGUGGAUGGUCACCCUCAGCGACGGCCUCCACAACUUCAUCGACGGGCUGGCCAUCGGCGCCUCCUUCACCGUCUCCGUCUUCCAAGGCAUCAGCACCUCCGUGGCCAUCCUCUGCGAGGAGUUUCCGCACGAGCUGGGUACGCUGCGGCUCCGCGGUGCCUCCAGGCUUCGCGGUCCGGCCCUUCCAGCGCCGGCUCCGCUGCUUUCCCUGUCUAACCGGGCCGGCAGCCACUUCUCGGCCAACUGGAUCUUCGCCCUGGCCGGGGGGAUGUUCCUGUACAUCGCGCUGGCCGACAUGUUCCCCGAGAUGAACGAGGUGAGCCGGGAGGACGAGCAGCACGGCAGCGCGCUCAUCACCUUCGCCAUCCAGAACGCGGGGCUGCUCACGGGCUUCACCAUCAUGGUGCUGCUCACCAUGUACUCCGGCCACAUCCAGAUAGGGUAGGACCGGCCGCCCGCAGAGACUUUUAUCCGUUUU